AACCAGAGGAACGCUAACCUUAUCUGGAUAGCUAGUGCUAGCUAGCUGGCUAACAACACGGGUGUCACUACCGGGGGAGCUAACCCGAGUAGCCGUGACAACUGUGUGUCUGGAGGCUCGGAUGAAACGGUGACCUGACACCGGGACGUGUGCUCCAACACCUGUCUGGUCGCUAAUAUGAGUGGACCGGGACAGGACAGCGAACCAGAGGCGAAAGUCCUCCUCAUCAAGCGGCUUUACAGGGCUGUGGUGGAGUCUGUGCACAAGCUGGAUGUCAUCAUCGGCAGCAAAUCAUCUUACAGAGAAGUCUUCAAGCCGGAGAACAUCAGCCUGCGGAACAAGCUGAGGGAGCUUUGUGUGAAACUGAUGUUUCUUCAUCCUGUCGACUACGGCCGUAAGGCUGAGGAGCUGCUCUGGAGGAAGGUUUACUAUGAGGUCAUCCAGGUUAUCAAGACAAACAAGAAGCACAUCCACAGUCGCAGCGCUCUGGAGUGUGCCUACAGGACCCACCUGAUCGCUGGAGUGGGUUUUUACCAACACCUGCUGCUCUACAUUCAGUCACAUUACCAGCUGGAGCUGCAGGACUGCAUCGACUGGACCCACGUCACAGAUCCGCUCAUCGGCCGAAAGAAACCCGUGUCAGCCUCCCCCAAGGAGAUGGAGUGGGCGCAGAUGGCCUGUCAUCGCUGUCUGGUCUACCUUGGAGAUCUGGCUCGUUACCAAAAUGAACUCGCUGGAGUUGAGACUGAGCAGCUGGCAGAGAGGUUUUACCAUCAAGCCCUGUCUGUCAUGCCACAUGUUGGAAUGCCUUUUAACCAACUGGGAACGCUGGCUGGGAGCAAAUUCUACAACGUUGAAGCAACAUAUUACUAUUUACGCUGCAUCCAAUCAGAUAUUCCUUUUGAGGGGGCCUAUGGCAACCUGAAGCGCCUGUUUGACAAAGCUGCUAAGAUGUACCACCAAGUGAAGAAGCAGGAAAUGAAGAAGCUGUCUCCGUCUCGACAGAGAUCCAAAGACAUUAAACGCCUCCUGGUGAGCUUCAUGUACCUUCAGAGCCUGCUGCAGCCCAAGAACAGUCUGAUGGAGACGGAGCUGACGUCGCUCUGCCAGUCGGUGCUGGAGGACUUCAACCUCGUGCUCUUUUACCUUCCUCCUCCAACACAAGGAGGUGCUCACCACUGCCCCAGCGAGGAAGAGGAGGAGCAGCAGCAGCACACCGACAGCUCCUGUCCUGUUCUGCCCGACAUCCUCAUCUUCAAGAUGGUCGUCACGUGUCUGAUGGUGGUGCACAGUCUGAAGAGGGGAGGAUCAAAGCAGUACAGUGCAUCCAUAGCCUUCACCCUGGCUCUGUUCUCCCACCUUGUGAACCACGUGAACAUCCGGCUGCAGGCUGAGCUGGAGGAAGGAGAGAGCCAGGUUCCUCCCCUUCACACUGAUGCUGCAGAUGAUCCGGAGAUUCGUGAUUUGUCAGCCCAACCGGUCGACCGCUCUGAAGAGAGGCCUCUACAGAACGGCUCCCUGGAGCAGGAGGAUGAGGAGGACAAGGAUGAAGAUGGAGGUGAGUGUGUCGGCGGCAAGAAGCAAAGCUGCGAGGAAGACCCGCAGAAGACGGGAGAGGAGAAGCAAAGGCAGAAGAAGAAGUACACUCGCCUUUCCCGUCUCCGCCGCCGCCGCUGUGCUCACAAAAGUGUCAGAGGGGAGGAUGAAAGUGACCUGAGCGAAGGGUUCGAGAGCGAGGAAGAGGAGGAGGAGGAUGUGGACGGGGUGGAACGUGCUGAUUCAGCAGCUGGGACCACCGUGGAACAGCCGCUCAAUCCUUCAGCUGUCAAGAAGGGAACUAAGAGGGAGCCGUCAGGGGAGGAAGGCAGCUGGGGAAGUGGCUCUGAGGAAGAGGAGGAGGAGGAGGAAGGUAGAACAGCGUUUGAUGUGGAGACCGACUCUGACAUGAACAGCCAAGAGUCUCGCUCAGACCUGGAGGACAUGGAGGAGGCGGAAAACUCUGAAAACGUGGAGGGUCAGGCCCGGGAUCACCAGGAAGAAGAGGAGGAUGAAGACCAGCCCAAGGACGGAGGAGGGGAGAGGGACGGCGAGACCCCUCCUGCCACCAACGGACCCCUGGCGCCGAGCGAGUCCAGCAUCAGCAGCAACCUGCAGGCCAUGUCCUCUCAGCUGUUCCAGGCCAAACGCUGCUUCCGCCUGGCGCCCACCUUCAGCAACAUGCUGCUGAGGCCCCGAGCCUCCUCAUCCUCAGGGCUUCCCACCCCCACAGACAACUCUGCCCCGCCCUCCCAAGAGACCCCGCCUCCUCCUGGGGACUUGCACAGUGACCUGAGCCCUGGUGCUGCCAAUGGAACCAAUGAGAACGACUUGGACUCUGACUCAGAAGGAAGUCAACACAGCACUCAGUCUGUUCACAGUGAGAAAACCUUUGUAGAAAAGCUGGAGAUCCUGACCAAUCAGGGCCUGAUGCAGGUGGUCAAAGUCUUCAUUGAUUGGCUGAGGACCAACACAGAUAUUAUUCUCAUGUGUGCACAGAGUUCUCAGAGUUUGUGGAACCGUCUGUCUGUUCUGCUGAACCUGCUUCCAGAUGGCAGCAAGCUGCUGGAGGCUGAGCUCGGGCUGAACUCACAGGUGACAGAGAUGUUAAACGAGUGCGAGCAGCCCGGUUUGGUCCAGACUCUGGUGCUGCCCGAGGACGUGGCUCUGCGACACCUGCCUGCUCUCAACGUGGCCCACCGCCGCCUCGACUUCACCCGCCGCAGCGCCUCGCUCAGCCCCCUGCAGGAGUGUGUGGUUCGAGUGUGUUGUAUUCGCAGUUUCGGUCACUUCUUAACAAAUCUCCAGGGCAACAUUCUGCACUUCAACCCAGAAGCAGGGAUCUUCACCAGCAUCAGCCAGUCUGAGCAGGACAACCUGGGCCAGCAGGCCAAGGCCCAGUUCAAGAUGGCUGAAGAAGAGGCUCGUAGAAACCGAUUAAUGAGGGAUAUGGCCCAACUUCGGCUGCAGUUAGAGGUGUCGCAGCUAGAGGGCAGCCUUCAGCAGCCUAAAGCUCAGUCGUCCAUGUCUCCCUACCUGGUACCAGACACCGCUGCCCUCUGCCAGCAUCUGAACCUCAUCCGGCAGCUGGCUGGCAGUGGGUGCUUCAUCAUCAUCAUCCCUCGAACAGUGAUUGAUGGACUCGACAGGUUAAAGAAGGAAAACGCCGGCGCGAGAGACGGGAUCCGUUUUCUGGAGUCCGAGUUUCGUAAAGGCAACAGGUACAUUCGCUGCCAGAAGGAGUCGGGUCGCAGUUUUGAAAGAGACAAGCUGAAACGUCAGGAUGUGGAAGCCUGGCAUUUGUAUAAGAUGAUUGACAGCUGCCGUCAGCUAACGGUCUCUCAGAGCAACGGAGACGAGGACACGGCCGGCAUGGUGACCAUCCUAACGGCUCAUGAGGUAGAAGAGCUGUGCAGUCAGUCUGCAGCGAUGAAGUCGGCGGUCCAGGCCGUGGGCUCGGCGGGCAUGGAGCUGAAGAACAUCGUGGAGUUCUACCGUCAGUGGAAAGAGAUGGGCUGAGAGCGCAGCGAGGGGCAGCUGUCGACGCUGCAGAACAGCUGAUGGAUCACAACACGCGCUCCCUCUCUCUCUCCCACUCUUCUGCUCUGUGUGUUUCUGCAUCUCCUACAAAACAAGUGAAAAGAAAGCAGGGCGGUGGAGUUAAACCUCAGAGAGAACAAGAAAACACAGCGGAGUAAAAACUAAACAAAUACAAUUAAAAAGAAACGCAGGCAAAACGAUGUAACAGCAGGCCUCCCACCUCUCAGUUCCUCCACAUAAAGAGUGACCCCUGGUGGUCAGGGGGAGGAAGCGGUGGGACGAUGUGCCCCUGGUUCACCUCUAACCAGGAAUACACUGUAAAUGUUAGCAACAUGUGUGGAGAGAAGCUGCACACACCACCAGAUGAAUUCAUAUAAAUGUUGUAGAGCAGCAGCUUGGAUUUCCAUUCAAUCUUUCCUUCAGUCUUGGUUUUAUAGAAACAGGGUCAAGGGUCGGGGAGGACUGUGCUUUAAAAAGUCCAGGGUGUAAGGUGAGCCGUGUGAGGCCCAGAACACACUCUGCCUGCCUCCUGAGGCUUCAUCAAUCAGAACCAACCAGGCGCCUCGCAGCUCUGAAGGUUUGAGGGAGACAGGUGUGUGUUUCUCUGGGUUCUCUUCCUAUGUGGCUUUUAUUUUAUUUUAAUUUAAUUUGGAUUUGUUUUUCUUCAUUUGAGAUGAACUUUAGUGAACCUGUGACUUAAUGUAUCGUGCUGUUUGAGGAAAACGAAAAGGUUACAGGCGUCGCCCUGUUCGAAAAGGGAAGGAUUGUUAUUGUACAGUGAUCUACCGGACAAAUCCCAGAAUAUUUAUCAGUCUGGAGUGAGCAGAGAGGAAGAAGCUGUUGGUGGAUGCAGUGAGACCACCUGAACCAGAUCAGCUGAUCCUGAAAAAUAUUCUGUAAACUCCUACAACGUGUCCCAUCUCAUCCUCAUAGUGACUGUCCCAUCAUGCACAGUGCAGAGAAAACCAGUAUAUGUGUGUGGCAUUGAACAAUAAAAGAAACUGAUGCUGA